AUGGAAGAUGUGCAGCCAUACCAAAUAGAAGACUGUUUCGCAGCAUACGAGCGCGCUUUUAGAAAACACCCAACUCUUGCCUCCCUCAUAAAGAGCUAUAGUUCUCAUGCGGACCUUCGAAUCCUCGAAUAUACGACCGUCUACCAUGAAUUGUUGGAACUCGGUUACGACCAAGAGAUAGAGGACGACGAAACACUCGUCUCUCAAAUUGCAAUACAUCAGCACCUGGUCCCCGAAUUCUGCAUUGCUCGGCUCGUCGAGUUGAAAUGGGACAAUUACCUCGAGGAACGUAUUAGGCAGAGAAUUGUGGAUGAAGUCGCUUCUGCAGAUAAGGUGUAUUUGAAGACAUGGCGCCAUUUUCUCUUCUCCGAUCGCGACUCCCGACCUGGAAUCCUCACCAGAUUGCUCAAAGGCUGUAUGGCUGGGAUAAUGUGGCAAUUUUAUGUUUUCUUUUUAAGGUUCUGCGUAAAUUAUGUGGCUGCCAGCCCCUCUUUAUUCUCGCUACAUUACUUCUGAGCUUCAUUUUGGCCUCAUUUCUACAGGACAAUAGCCACGGAGCAGAUCAGAAAAAGCAGGAGAUCGAUAAUGUGAUAUCGCAAAUAUCAAAAGUCGUGCAGGACGUAGAGUGUUCAAAGGAGGUUGCAUCGAUUGGCGGGAAUGGUAAAUCAUUCGAAUUGAAUUCCUGGGAUUUUCCGGAGCUGAACGAGGAGAUGCCAACCAAUCGCAAUCAACGGUGGUGUUUCGACACGAGAAACAAAAUGCGCAACUACUACAUUGAGUUGUCGCAAGAACUGUUUUCAUAUAAAAAGGAGUUACAGGGUUUCAAUACGCAGCUUCAAGAUGCUUUCCUAAAGCUAGAUGAGAACAAGAAAAAAGUAAAGAAGCCAGUAGCCUUCAACACGACACUUUUCCUGGAAGCCACAAACACCAGAUUCAUGGGAAGCUUGAAAGACAUUUUCAAGAACAUCAUUCCGGAAGUUCAGAAAGAAUCACCAAGGAGAUGCAAACAUUCGUUGACGACACCAUGUCAGGAUCAGAUCAGAACCAGGGUACAACUUGCUCAAACCCUACUUGUAUGUUCGGAAAUGAAUACUACAACCCGGAAGUCCUGCGAGUUAUGGAAAUCUCAAAACUCUUACUAG